GCCCGUCGUGUGCCCACAGCGGCCACGGCCCCCGCGCGAGUACGGGGACUGCUGACCCCCGGUUGCGGUGGUGUGUGCGAGCGCUCAUGUGCGCAGGUGGCAUCUAUUCCACGUAGUAGCACCCGGACGAAGUGCUUCUCGCCUAGCUGGGACAGGACCCGUUCUGGGUGGAGUGGAGGAGGGGCGGAAACAGGUGAAGGAGCCCCAGAACGCGCCCCCAUCCCGCGCUCCACCCAUGCCAGAAUGCAGCGCUGGCGGGCGCAUCUCGGGCCUGCCCAGCGGCUCUCUGGUGGGCACCCGGGGAUAUGGACCCCUCGCCAGGCUGACGCCCCGAGAGCAUGUUCCGGGAGGGGCGGGAGGUGGGCAGGGUUGGGUCUAGGAUGGGGGCACUGGCUCUCGGGUCCCCAGGAUCCCCACCUGUGCCAGCGCCCCCUCGGGGGCGGGGGAAGGAGCAGGUGACGUCACGCGCAGUCCCGGGGUGCCCGCGGCGGUGGCCACAGCCUGGCCGCGUGACCCGCGCGCGCCAAUGGCCCGGCGGUCUCCGGGGCGACGCGGAGGGUCCGCGCUCCGCCGCCACUGCGCCCCCGCCCCGAGUCCGCACUGCAGAGAGUGGUGGCGAGCAGGCGCCGGCGCGCUAGCCCACGUGCCGCGCUGAGAGAGGGACAGGGAGAGGAAGAAGGAGAGGGAGUGAGAGGCAGCCAGGAAAAGAGGGGCGCACGACCCCGCUGCCGCUCGGCGCAGCCCCUGCGCCCCACCUGCUGGGACCUCGACGAGGAAGGACCCCGACCCAGAGGAGGGCUGUGGAGAUCUGGGCUGUCUGCUGUCGCCCUGGGAGUUGGCCUGAUACAUGUGCACCACGCAGUGAUCAUUAUCCCCUAAAUUAGGCUCCACAGAGAUUGGGGACAUGCCAUUGACCCUGUUGCAGGAUUGGUGUCGGGGGGAACAUCUGAACACGCAGAGGUCCAUGCUUAUCCUGGGGAUUCCUGAGGACUGUGGUGAGGAUGAAUUUGAGGAGACUCUUCAGGAUGCUUUCAGGCACCUGGGCAGGUAUAGGGUCAUUGGCAGGAUGUUCAGGAGGGAAGAGAAUGCCCAAGCAUUUCUCUUGGAGCUUGCCCAAGAUAUUGACUAUGCUUUGAUCCCCAGGGAAAUACCCGGAAAGGGAGGGCCCUGGGAAGUGGUUGUAAAACCUCGGAACUCAGAUGGGGAAUUUCUCAAUAGACUGAACCGCUUCUUAGAGGAGGAGAGGCGGACAGUGUCAGAUAUGAACAGAGUGCUUGGAUCAGACACCAACUGCCCUGCUCCAAGAGUGGCCAUAUCACCUGACUUCUGGACCUGGGCCCAGACCCUGGGGGCAGCAGUGCAGCCUCUGCUAGAACAAAUGUUGUACAGAGAACUAAGAGUCUUUUCUGGGAACACUGUGUCCAUCCCAGGGGCAUUGGCCUUUGAAGCCUGGCUUGAGCACACCACUGAGGUGCUACAGAUGUGGCAGGUGCCUGAGGGUGAAAAGAGGCGGCGGCUGAUGGAAUGCUUGCGGGGCCCUGCUCUGCAGGUGGUCAGUGGGCUCCGGGCCAACAAUGCUGCCAUAACUGUGGAGGAGUGCCUGGCAGCCCUGCAACAGGUAUUUGGACCUGUGGAAAGUCGUAAAAUCGCCCAUGUGAAAUUUUAUAAAGCCUAUCAGGAGGUGGGAGAGAAAGUCUCCAGCUUUGUGUUGCGUUUGGAACCCCUGCUCCAAAGAGCUGUAGAAAAAAAUGCAGUAUUGCGAAGAAAUGUGAAUCAGGCUCGCCUGAAACAAGUCUUAAGUGGGGCUACCCUUACUGACAAACUUCGAGACAGGCUUAAGUUGAUGAAACAGCGAAGGAAACCACCUGGUUUUCUGGCACUGGUGAAGCUCCUGCGUGAGGAGGAGGAGUGGGAGGCCACUUUUGGUCCAGAAAGGGGGAGGCUACAGGGGCUGGAUGCAGGAGUAAGGGCAUCUGCCAGAGCCAAUGCUCUCAGAGCAGUGUCUUUUGCUGCCCCUGGCAGCACUCUUCAGGCCAGGCCUUCCCAAGGUUCCCGGCGCAGGAGAGGCAGAGGACAGCAUCGAAGGGGGCGUGUGCUAAGGGCCAGCUCCCGAGGUUCAGGAAAACGGAAACAUCACACAUUCUGCUAUAGCUGUGGAGAAGAUGGCCACAUCAGGGCACAGUGUAGCAACCCUCCAAACCCGCUCUUGGCAGAGGAAACAAAAGAGAUAUUGGAAAAAGGGAAAGGGGCAGCCUACAGAAACAGCAGGGGACUUGAGUGGGGUAGAGGGGCAAAGAAGCCAUGCCCAGGCUGAGCCCCCUCAUCCUCUGCCAGAUGAAAAAGACUCCACUCACCAAGCUACAUGGGACUCAGUGAAGGCCAACAGUGCACUGAAGAGGUGCCAGAGACACAACUGGGGGGUUGCCCCACCCAGCACAUGGGGUGCACCAGCUGCAGGCAAAGACCCCAACACAGCAGAGGCUGAAGAAAGUAGAGCUGGGGACUCAUUCAUCAGCCCCAUCAUCUGGCCACCCCCAAAUACCCACCCUGUGGGCUCUGAGCUAAAGAUGCCAACUGGCCCGCAGGCCACGUGGGGCCUGGAGGAGCCUUCCCCAGGACCAGCCCUGCCUGAAGGAGUCAUCUUAGGCAAAGAAGAGCUGUACAACAGACAGUGCCACUGGAGACCAGGAGCCUGCAGGCAAGGAGGCAUGGGACUGGCCUGGUGAACGACAACUCAGCAGCUGGCAAUGCCAAGGCCAGCACCAAACCCUGUCAAUUCAGGCAGCCAGCCUGGGAAGCACUCCUGAGUGGCUGGCCCUAGCCUAGGUGAGGGGCACCUGAAAAUGUCUGCCACCCACACUGGCCUGGGAGAUGUUAGGAGCCAUCUCAAGGGUGCCGGCCCCUCGGGCCGCCCAAGAGGGGGACCCUCAUUCACUGACCCCUGGAGCACGUCGCUCCAUGCUCUGGGAAGCCCACUUGUGUCUCUGUAGGCCCCUUAGUGACCCCCGUGUCAAGUGGCACCACCCCUCCCCCGCUCCCACUACACGCACACUAGUUACCAUUCUCAUGCAGAGCCCUGAGGUGUGCAGGAGCCCGCGGCCGGUGUCCUGGCCUAACGCAGCAGCCACCUCUCAGCCCGGGUGUGUGGCACGAGCUUCAGUGCGAGCCCAGGCUCUGCUUGCUGUCGUCUGGUGUCGUGAGCUCAGCCUCUGCUUCCUCGGUGUAGGUUUAGGCCAACUGCUGCUUGUUCUUGUGGAGAUGUAUGUGUGUUCUUAUCUGAGCAGCCACCCCCACCCCACCCCAGAGACCUCUCGAGCCCAGUCCCAGGAGAUGGCGGGAAGGACAGAAGAGAGCAUGGCUGGUGCUCACCCCGUGACCUCAGGAAGAAGGAACUGGACCAAGGACAGAGGUGGCCUGUGGGAGUCUCCACGGAAACCGUGCUCUGAUGUGCCACUCUCUUGUUACUUGUGACUCAGUUUCUUCGGCUUGUCCCAGUGCCCCGUGCUGCGUUUUCCAGCAUCCUGUGACUGUCCUGUGCAGGCCAUAGGGCAGGACCAGGCCCCAGCAUGUCGGCCAGAGUGGAGAGUGCCCUGGAGUGAGGGGCCAUGGCCAGCAUCCGCAUCCAUCAUCCUGGCCAAGGGCCGAUCGUGGGGCCCUCAGGAAGGGAGACUAUGGCAGGAGGGCCAUGGUGUUGGGGGAAACAGAGGCACCUCAUUUGGGACCCCAAGAGGAGGGGGUCCGUGACCUAUGGGCUGUAGUGGCCGUCAGACGUUCCUCUCUGUGUUGUCAUUCCCUCUCUUCAAUGGUUUCAGUAAAUGUUUCUCUUCAAUAAAUUUCAUUGAAUGUU